UUAAUUAUGCGAUCGCAAAAAAUUUUUAGGACGGCUCUUCUUAUUGCUGAUACGCCACAUCCAAACAUCGUAGAGAAAUAUGGAGACUAUUAUACUCAAUUCACAAAAUUUUUACAAAAAGGUGUUGUUUCUAGUAAAAAACAAAUUGCUUUGGAUAUUAAACCUUAUGACGUAACAAAAAAGGAAUAUCCCAGUGAACAAGAAUUACUCGAUACCGAAGGAAUAGUUAUUACCGGUUCCGCCGCGUCAGCACAUGAAGAUAUUCCUUGGAUUAAUAGUUUAGUUGAAUUUGUAAGCUCAGUUAUAGAAAAACGUCCAGAAGUUAGGAUGGUUGGAAUUUGUUUCGGACAUCAGAUUAUUGCCAGGGCAAGAGGUGGUCAAGUUAUUAAGAAUCCCUUAGGUUGGGAGGUUGCAGUCACGGAGGUUUCUUUAACAGAUAUUGGAAAGGAAAUUCUUAAGACUAAUAGAAAAAGUGUGCGACUUCAAGAAAUGCAUAAAGAUAUUGUUUCUAGUAUUCCUCCAGAGUUUUCCAAUAUUGGUUUUACUGAAAUAUGUCCUAUCCAAGGAAUGAUCAAAGAUGAUCACGUGCUCACAUUUCAGGCACAUCCAGAAUUUGAUAGUGGCGUAGUCAAAGAAAUUGUUAAUUUACGUCGGGACAAGCGGAUUUUCUCUUCUGAACUUGCACAAAAGUAUUUGACAGCAGCAGAUUAUGAUGUUGAUGAUGCAUGGGUUGGUCAAAAAUGUGUUGAAUUCUUGACAGGUGGAAUUGAACCAGGCGUCAUUGAUAGUUAAUGAAGUUCUUAGAAUGUAAUUUACUAGAAUAUAUCAAUUUGUCCAACAUCAAUGGCAAAAAUUAAAAUAUUUAUAAAUGUAUCAUUAAUUUCAAUUUUGUAACCAGGUCUGUAUAAAAGUAAAAUAAAAAAAAAAUUAUUUUUAUCGUAUAUAUUUAAGACGU